AUGAUCCGGGUUCGGAUCCCGAAGCUGGUACAGUCCGUUCUCGCCCAAAUGCCCGCGGCGCUAGGAGCACAUUCCUCACGAUCCAAUGGGUCGUGUCACCAAAUACCCCCAAAAUGCCUUCUUUCACUUGAGCCCAACCCAAACGCAAAACUGACUCUGCUCCACGCAGCUGAAGAGAGCAGAAUUCGUGCCAGCGCCGGUGGAUUACAGCCCGACGGGACUCGAACUGGCCUCAUCAACAGUGACGAUUUGCCUCCACUCGGCCACGAGGCAAAUGUGGCUUUUUAG